GUCCCGGGCCCCGCCGGCUCCACCCCCGGCCCGCGCCUCGGGGCCGGCGCUCUCCCUCUUGCCCGCCCCAGCCCGCCCCCGCGCUGGAUGUUCGCUUUCGCAGCCUUCGGCCAGCGGAACCUGUUUGCAGCUACCGGCAGCGGGGCGAAGGGCCUGGCCAGAAGGUUAGCCAUGGAGGCGGCGGCGCGGAGGAGGCACCCGGGAGCGGCGGGCGGCCCCGGCGCGCAGCCGGGCGCCUCCUUCCUGCAGGCCAGGCACAGCUCCGUCAAGGCUGACGAGGCUGCUGGCACGGCCCCCUUCCACCUUGACCUCUGGUUCUACUUCACGCUGCAGAACUGGGUUCUGGACUUUGGCCGCCCCAUAGCCAUGCUGGUGUUCCCUCUGGAGUGGUUUCCGCUCAACAAGCCCAGCGUGGGGGACUACUUCCACAUGGCCUACAACAUCAUCACGCCCUUCCUCCUGCUCCAGCUCAUCGAGCGGUGCCCCCGCACCUUGCCACGCUCCCUGAUCUACGUUAGCAUCAUCACCUUCAUCAUGGGGGCCAGCAUCCACCUGGUGGGUGACUCAGUGAACCACCGCCUGAUCUUCAGCGGCUACCAGAACCAUCUGUCGGUCCGUGAGAACCCCAUCAUCAAGAAUCUCAAACCAGAGACGCUGAUCGACUCCUUUGAGCUGCUCUACUACUACGAUGAGUACCUGGGCCACUCCAUGUGGUACAUCCCCUUCUUCCUCAUCCUCUUCAUGUACUUCAGCGGCUGCUUUACUCCCACCAAAGCUGAGAACUCAAUGCCAGGGGCAGCUCUGCUCCUGGUGGUGCCCAGCGGCCUGUACUACUGGUACCUGGUCACCGAGGGCCAAAUCUUCAUCCUCUUCAUCUUCACCUCCUUCGCCAUGCUGGCCCUCGUCCUGCACCAGAAGCGGAAGCGCCUCUUCCUCGACAGCAAUGGCCUCUUCCUCUUCUACUCCUUCGCCCUCACCCUCCUGCUUGUGGCGCUCUGGGUCGCCUGGCUGUGGAAUGACCCCGUCCUCAGGAAGAAGUACCCGGGCGUCAUCUAUGUCCCCGAGCCCUGGGCCUUCUACACCCUCCAUGUCAGCAGCCAACACUGAGUCCUGGGCACAGGCCCCUGGUGCUCUGUGGGUGGGAGAUGGAUGGUUGAUAGUGAGUGUCGGGAGUGUGUGCGUGUGUGCACCCACAGGAGAUGGACGGCCGAAGGUGAGUGUGUGGAGCAUGUGCAUGUGUGUGCACCCACUGGGGAUGGACGGCCGAAGGUGUAUGAGUGUGCAGUGUGUGCACCCACUGCAGAUGGACGGCUGAAGGUGUCUGAGUGUGCGGAGUGUGUGCCUGUGUCCACCCACUGGGGAUGGACAGCCGAAGGUGUCUGAGUGUGCGGAGUGUGUGCAUGUGUGCACCCACUGGAGAUGGAUGGCCGAAGGUGUCUAAGUGUGCAGUGUGUGCACCCACUGGGGAUGGACGGCCGAAGGUGUCUGAGUGUGUGGAGUGUGUGUGUGUGCACCCACAUGUGUGUAGCCCACAGCUGAGAGCGUGGGUGAGAGUAUGCCUGGUGCCUGUGGAUACGGGGAGGGGGGUGUGUGUGUGUGUGUGUAUGUAUGUAUGUGUAUAGGGGUGUGUGUGUGUGUGUGCGCACGCACACGCCCGGAGAGCAUCACUGUGAGACUGAAUUGUUUUGGUUAAGUUUCCAUUUGGUUUAGCUCUUUUUCGUAAUGGGAUAUAGUCUGAGGCAGUGUGUCCAGACCAGGAGCUGGGCCCGGCCUCCCAUGCACACUGGAGUCGGGCCUUCUCACUCACUGCUCAGGGCUGUCUCUUCCUCCUGGGUGUGUCCUGGUAGCCGUAGGGGAGAGGCCUGGGUGGGCAGAGGUCGGGAGGGAACUUAGCCUGUCACCUACCACCUGGCUCACUCCUCAGACCACCUGACCCUGAGGCCAGGUCGCAGGGGUUCCGUGAACUUGCUGUGUGCUCAUUUACAGUGCACCCCCUUCCCUGGGCCACGUUUGCAGCAGACGGGCUGACGGGUCCCAAGUUGGCUGACGGCUGGUUGCCGUCUCCUCUCAGGGCAGCCUUGGGAGGGGUGAAUGGUUCCUCCUUGCCCCUGCCUUCUUCAACCCUGGGAGGGGUACUUGUACCCCAGAUCCUCACCCCACUGCAGGCUGCUGGGGUGGGGAGCCAGAGCCAGCCCUCCCCCAACUGCCGGCCUGAUCUUAGGGUCUGGCAGUGGUCCUUCCCAGCCACCUUCUCUCCCGGGAACUCGGUCUCUGUCCCGCCUUCGGGAUCAUGGCACCCACUUCGUUCACCUGACCAAGGUUUCCGAGCAGCCGCUGAAGGCAGAGUUCUCAGGUACUUGCACUCACUAGAGGCAGACAUCGAGGGGCUGUCAGCAUGUCUCAGCCUGAAUCCAUGCCUGCCGCGAGUGGCCCUGCUCCCAGGAAAGGGGCCCUUAUUCUGGCAAGAUGCCCCCCCACCCCAGCACCGGGGCCAGGCACGCAGCCUUGCUUCCCAGCAUUGCUGGCCUGCAUGCGUGCGAGGGGCUCAGGGGGGCCUGCCUCGCCUUCCCUGCCCUCCCCUCCUCUCCUGUGCUCUCAGGGACUCUGCCUCAAAUCCUCUUUUCAUGUAGGGGUCCCCCCAGCCCCGGUCAGUCCCUGUCUGCUGGCAGCAUCGGGGGUGAGCAGUGUGAAUAAAGCCAGUGUGGAGCCAA